UCUCGCCGCAGUCUCCCGACACCGAGGGUCCGGCUUCCGGCCCUGACGCGUCCGCUGGCUUCGUUCAAACCGGCCGCUGUGGCCACCAGCCAAUCAGAACGCUCGAUGCUCAGCCUUUGCCCAAUAGAUGACUGCAAUGGAGAGGGCGGGGGGACAGCGGGCGUCAGAACGCCAGCAGCGCCAUUUCACUUUGGGGCAAAGAGGUUAGGAAGCCGGCAUGGCGCUCUGGUCAAUAAAAUCGAUAGCUGGAAGCAGCCGGUGUUCCAGGCAAAGGCGGUGCAGUAGCAGCGCCGCCAUUUUCCCUGAAGGCAUCUUCCGGUGCCUUUCCCCCAAGUUCGGCCAAGUUUCCUGAAUAACAACGACAGGUUUCCGUUAGCCCCGCGGGCGGGCGGCUCCGACUCCCUCCGGGCUUCUCCCGCCACGUUCAGCCCCAGUCCGGCCGAGGCUCCCGAAACUCGGGGUCCUCCGCGCCCGAGGGCCGAGGCCGGGACGGGGCUGGCCGUGGGGCCAGCUUCUCGGAUCCGAUGGCCCCGCCGUCGGCUCCGCUCCCCGCGCGGGGGCCAGGAGAGACCGGGCCUAGUCGGAGAAGGGGAAGGAGGCCGAGGGCCUUGAAGUUCGCGGACGUGGCCGUGUACUUCUCCCCCGAGGAGUGGGGGUGUCUGCGGCCCACGCAGAGGGCCCUGUACCGGGACGUGAUGCGCGAGACUUACGGCCUCCUGGGCGCGCUCGGGUGUGCAGGUCCCAAGCCAUCCCUCAUCUCCUGGUUGGAGCGAAAUACCGAGAAUUGGGAACCGGCUGCUCUAGAUCCACAGGAGUACCGGAAAGGGGUAACAGUCCAGAGAAAAACCAGAAGGAAGAAUGGGGAGAAGGAAGCAUUCCCUCCUAAGGAGGCACCCCGGAAGGGGAAACGAGGGCGGAGGCCCAGCAAACCUCGACUGAUCCCCAGGCAGACUUCUGGGGGCCCCAUUUGUCCUGACUGUGGCUGCACUUUCCCGGAUAACCACGCCCUGGAGAGCCACAAGUGUGCCCAGAACUUGAAGAAGCCGUACCCUUGCCCCGAUUGUGGGCGCCGCUUUUCCUACCCAUCCCUGCUGGUCAGUCACCGGCGGGCUCACUCUGGUGAAUGCCCCUACGUUUGUGACCAGUGUGGCAAACGUUUCUCCCAGCGGAAAAACCUCUCCCAACACCAGGUCAUCCAUACCGGGGAGAAACCCUACCACUGCCCUGACUGUGGCCGCUGCUUCCGCAGGAGCCGCUCCCUGGCCAACCACCGGACCACGCACACGGGCGAGAAGCCGCACCCGUGCCCCAGCUGCGGCCGCCGCUUUGCCUACCCGUCCCUUUUAGCCAUCCACCAGCGCACGCACACGGGUGAGAAGCCCUACACCUGCGCGGAGUGCAGCCGCCGCUUCCGCCAGCGCACGGCCCUGGUCAUCCACCAGCGCAUCCACACGGGCGAGAAGCCCUACCCGUGCCCGGACUGCGAGCGCCGCUUCUCCUCGUCCUCGCGCCUGGUCAGCCACCGGCGCGUGCACUCGGGCGAGCGGCCCUACGCCUGCGAGCACUGCCAGGCGCGCUUCUCGCAGCGCAGCACGCUGCUGCAGCACCAGCUCCUGCACACCGGGGAGAAGCCCUACCCCUGCCCGGACUGCGGCCGCGCCUUCCGCCGCAGCGGCUCCCUGGCCAUCCACCGCAGCACGCACACAGAGGAGAAGCUGCACGCCUGCGAGGACUGCGGCCGCCGCUUCGCCUACCCCUCGCUGCUGUCCAGCCACCGGCGCGUGCACUCGGGCGAGCGGCCCUACGCCUGCGACCUGUGCGCCAAGCGCUUCGCCCAGUGGAGCCACCUGGCCCAGCACCAGCUGCUGCACACCGGGGAGAAGCCUUUCCCCUGCCUCCAGUGCGGGCGGUGCUUCCGCCAGAGGUGGUCUCUGGCCGUUCACAAGUGUAGCCCCAAGGUUCCAAACCGGAGUCCCAAAUCUGCCGUGGGGGGCCCCAGCCAGAAAGGCAGCGCCCUUUAGGAUGGAAAGGAUCGGCUCGCUCACUUCAUUUUCACAGAGGAGUACAGGGAAAGGCAGGCAGAACUCUAGGCCAUACUGGACAGAGUCGGAACUAAAACCCAGGUCUCCUGGCCCACACAUCUGAACUGUAGUCUAUUCCACCCCACCGGCUGCCUUACCAAACCUACAACAGUCCCACUAGGAGAUGGGACAUUAUUGGGUUCAUGGGUUCAUUUCUGAAGUAAUUUGCGUGACUGGUCCUGGGUUAAAAGUCUCCCCCCCCCCAUCUAUUUUAGGGCUGCUUUUCUAGUUUGCAUACAGUUACUAUCUGACCCCUUGCAUGCAGUCAGGAGUGGAACCUGCCCCUACUGUCUCCAUACUAAACUGAAAAACUUGGUCUAGCCCACUUUCUAUAAUACUCCUGCCAAGUGAUCUAUUGCUUGCUUGUACGUACACCUUCUUUUAACAGGGAGCUCACUACCUCACAAGGCAGGUCAUUUCACUGUGGGAUAGUGCUGAUCUUUAGAAGGUCAAGUACCAUGUUCUGCUCUGUACACCUGGCCUAUCUGAUGUUUAAUACUUCCAUCUACAUGGCAGCUCUUAAAAUAAUCACAACUACUUUGCUCCUAGGUUUCCAGGUUAAAUUGCAAUAAUUCAGUCUUUUUCUUUUGGGGAAUGGAGUUGUACUGGGUUACCUUGGAUGGUCUCUUAACUCCUGAACUCAAUCUAUCCUCCUGCCUCAGCCUCCUGGAUAGCUGGGACUGCAGGCUUGUGUCACUAUGCUACGUUAAUCACUCUGUAAAGAUGGUUUCAAACUGGGUGCUGGUGGCUCAUGCCUGUAAUCCUAGCUACUCAGGAGGCUGAGAUCUGAGGAUUAUGGUUUGAAGCCAGACUGGAAAGGAAAGCCUUUAAGACUCUUUAUCUCCAACUAAC